UCAUUUCUCGACACGAUGGGUCAACUUUCGUUCUAGCUACAUUAUUUGAUAUUUGUUAAAGUAAAGGUGCGGAUUAGACAUAUACGGCGUUUUCAGCUAAAGAAAAAUUGAAACUGAUGAUACUAUGAAUUCAACAACAGCCCCUGCUAGUAAUGUGACUUUGAUAAACGUAUCAGAACAGGAGACGUUCAACACGACUUCAUCAAAGUUGCGCGAAUGGGAUUUGUUGCCGAAAGGUUACUAUGGAGACACGAGCGUGUUGCUCUGGAGGGUGAUCCCGCCAAUUCUCAUUACCAUUGGAACGAUCGGAAAUACGAUGACUAUGUUUGUGCUGCUUCGUCAGAAAAAGAUGACGUCAACGGCGUUGUUCCUGUUUGCUCUGGCGCUUUCAGAUACGCUCACGCUGUUCAGCGCAGUUCUGAAUGGCUGGAUGCGUUUCACUUGGGACCUUAACAUCCAAAUGCUGAGUAGAACCGCGUGUAAGGCGCACGUCUACUUGACCUACUGCAGCGUUCAUCUCUCAUCGUGGUUUAUCGUGGCUGUCACGCUAGAGAGAACAGCUUGCGUACUCAUCCCGCAUAAAGUGAGACUGGGCUGUUCCCCACGAAAUGCUGGCCUGAUCAUUUUCGCUAUUGUGCUAGCCGUCCUUGGAAUUAAUAUUAUAUUGCCCGUGAUUAUUGAUCUGAAGUUUGUUGAUUAUAUUGGAGACCAUGGUUGGGGGUGCUAUCCCUCCAAUAAGGUGUACUUCGAAUUAUUUUAUUCCGUUUACCAAUGGAUCGACAUCACGUUGUAUUUCGGUGCGCCGUUCCCGCUUCUUCUCACUGGAAACGUCAUCAUUGUAGUGCAGCUAGCGCGCUCCCGUUCCAGAAAUCGGCGGAUGAGAAUUUCGGGUCAGGGGCGCGACACGCGUCGAUUGUCGAUACUGAUGAUAGCCUUGUGCGGGCUGUUCUUCCUAACGAUGACGCCGAUGGCCGUCAUGGCAGUAUACUCCGAAAACCGGUUCGAGAAGAUUUUUGCGCUUAAGCCAGUGGAUCCUUACACGGCCUGGAACGACUACCAGUACUUGCUGUUUCUUAGGACCGUUGUCGAACUGGUCGGCUACUUCAACAACACCUUCAACUUUGUCGUAUACGUGUUUAGCGGUUCGAAGCUCCAGACAGAGCUGAAGAACGCGCUUUGUUGUUAG